GGGCCUGCUACAGUAACACAACAUCCCAUGGAUCAAACAAUAAAUAUUGGUAGUCAAGCAACAUUCACCUGCAGCAGUACAGGUGUGCCAACACCUGCGAUCACCUGGUACAACGACAGCAGCGCUAUCACACCUGUAGGACAGAUCAGUUUGGUUGAAGUUAUAGAAGUAGUGAACGGUGAAGACGUGGUGACCGGCAUAUUGACCAUUACAUCUGUGGGUCGUGAGGACAACGGAGUGUACAAGUGUGCAUCGUCUAAUGCUAACGGGGUAUACAUAUUUACGUCACAGGCGGCUAGACUUAUAGUGCGAGAACGUCCGGACGAUGUAAGGCUUAGCGUCACCACCGUCAACUCUACAGCCCUACAAGUCACGUGGACUGUCGGCAUGACUGGAAACCUGGACAUCCUCGACUCCCAGGUCAGGUACAGGGGAUUCAUCGAUGGUGAAUGGACACCACACUCGCCGUGGAGAGCAACAGGAAUUUCCAGCACAAACGCACCGGGCCCUCCACACGGUUUGCAAGCCGCGCAGAUAUCUCACGACACCGUGCACCUGACCUGGCAACCUCCGCUGAGAACCAACGGAGUCAUCCGCAGCUACACUGUCCAGUACGGGGUAUCGGUGACGUGCGAAACAGCAGAGUUUUCCCAUCAAGUUACCACGUCAGACGGCAGCACCACUACCGUUAUCGGAGACCUGGUUCCGUACACAAACUACACAUUCCGGACCCAACAGCCCCAGUUGUCCAGACGUUUACAGACCAGCACGACUGUAACUGCCGGACGCCAAACUUCCCCCGGCCGGUCCAGCUGCGUGUAG